AGGACCCACUUCUUUCACUGUGCAUCACUUGUUGCAGAUUAUCCUCCAUCUUUUUAUCUCUUCCCCAUCUGUGAAAAAAAUGUUUUUCAACUUAUGUAAAAUAUCAAAUAAAGAAACCCUGGGUGUCCCCCUCUCACCCUACCAAUGUUAGAGUAGCACCUGAUGCUGAUUUGGGCCACAUAAAAACACAUUGCAAUCAAUGUGCAGUUGAUUUGAACAGAUCCAUUCCAUUGCCUCGUUGUCAUUUGCCAGAGGUCAACGGAUUCUCUCCUCCAUUUUGUCUUCCAUCAUGUUUUAACUGCCUUGCCUAACACGGUGCUCUGACUUUCGUCUGCCCAACUAUUCCUUUUUAUAACCAUCACACUCCACCACCAUUCCGAGGGCCCAUUCUCUGCAACAACAAAAGGGCCAUUUACUGAGAUUUUAUUUGAGCUGGGCUUCUUGAUUUGGGCCAUUCUCAAACUUAUGGAAACUGUGUCAAUCCCUUGUUUGUUUAGGUGCCCAAUAUCCCUAGAACUGAUGAAGGAUCCAGUGACUCUUUGUACUGGAGUUACCUAUGACAGGGAGAACAUUCAGAGAUGGUUUGAGGAGGGUCGCUUGUCAUGCCCAUCUACCAUGCAGGUUUUGCACACAUUGGAGCUCACCCCAAAUCACACAUUGAGAAAACUUAUCCAGGCAUGGUGCUCCUCCAAUCCAGGGAUGCAUUGUAUUCAGGAAACUAGAGAACCUGCUAAUGAGAAGGAGAUACAGAAGCUGCUGCUGAAAAUCAGAAAUGCUCCUACCAAGUUGGGAAAUCUGAGAAAGCUGGCUGAUCUGGCUAACAGAAAUGAGAGGAACAGGAUCUCCAUAGCUGCAUCAGGAGGCCCAUCAGUACUAAUCUGUACCCUGUCCAGAACCAGGAAUGAAGCAGAAAUAAUGUUGGGGGAAGAAGCCUUAGCAGUACUGGCCAGCCUUCCUAUCCAUGAAGCCAAAAAAGAAUGCAUCAAAUCUCUGAAAAGCCCAAUAACCAUAGAUAUCAUCUGCUGGUUUUUGUGUAAGGGUAACUUCCAUGCCAGGCUCCAUGCAGCACAAAUCCUUCAUGGGCUUCUCUCCUCAGAUCAAAACUUCAAAGCGGUUUUCAGGCCUGAUGAAGAGACCUUCCAUAAUUUCGAUUUGUUGCUUCGAGAUCAAUGUCAUCAAGCCACUGAAACUGCUCUGGAAAUACUCUUGACUGUCAGCCCUGUGAGAAGAAACAGAAUGAGGGCAGUGGAAGCAGGGGUUGCUAAUACACUGAUCGAGCUUCUUCCUGAAGCAGAAAAAGGCAUUGCCCAGAAAGCUCUUUCACUCUUGGAAAUCCUGUGCCAAAGUGCGGAAGGCAGGGCUUCUGUGUGUGGAAAUCCUAUGGGAAUCCGAGUCCUUGUGAAGAAGAUUGCAAGGGUUUCAGAGUUGGCUACCGAAGCAACCAUUGGAGCUCUGUGGCAUAUCUUCAAAAACUGCAAAACUUCAUCUGUGCUUAGGGAAAUUGAGGAAGCAGGGGCUUAUCCAAAGUUAUUCUUCCUGCUGCAAAUAGGAUGCAGCUCAAGCACAAGACAAAGAGCAAAGGAAAUACUGAGAACCCAGGGACCCAGAUCUUGGAAGACCAAUCCCUGCUGCAUCCUCGCAGAUCAACUCAAAGCAGGAGAAUUAAAACAUCAAGAUUUUCAUGUAGCCAAGCUCACUGUCCAUGGAAGGAUUAGAGCUUUGGCAAACUGAUUACAGAAACAAAAUGGAAGGAUACAUUACAUUUUUUGUUCUUAUUUGUUCCAUGAUAUCUAAUGCUUUCAUUGCAAAUAUGUGAAACAUGGUAUCAAUUUACAGUAGUUUUGAUUUCUUUGCAAUAUAUCGUAAGAACCCAUUUAUAGAUAGCCAACAUGGCUUUAUUAGCAAUCUUCCAUAUCUAAAGAUUUCUCUCAUUCAUUGGGGGUGCCCGAUUGAACUGAGUUUGUAGAAUCUAUGGAAUGACAAAAAUAAACAGUGACAGUUAAAUUGUUAAUCCCAUCUUAAACUUCCAGUUGAAAUUCUUCCAUAGUUA